AUGCACAGACAAUACACACACGCACACACACACACAUAUACACGCAUACAUGUGUGCACGCGUGCAUCGCAGUAUACAUAUGCUCUCUCACACACACACACACACGGCAUACAUAGAAGUACAUACGCACAAGCAUUUAUAGACACUUUGUCUGUCUGUCUGUCUGUCUGUCUGUCUCUCUCUCUCUCUCUCUCUUUCACCGUGAAACACAAACACAGAAACACACACACACACACACACACAUACAUGUGUGGUUGCAAGCGAACCUCGUCUUCGACAUCAGGGAAAAUAUUGCCAGACAAAAGAUUUCCAAUGGAACAAUCCGUGGAUUUCUGGAUUUAUGCAGGCGAAUGCGUCGAGAAAUCGUCCGUGCACGUCAGAUUUCAACAACACAAACUACACAAGGUCUUUGAAGACCAACAUUGAGGAAAGAAAGGGAAUGGGAUACUACACAUGGAAUACAUUCGCCUUAAUGUUGUUGGUUCUGUGUUGUGUUGAAACAACUAUAAGCAGUGGAACACCUUCCAGGGGUCACGUACGGCCACCUAUGGUGCGAAUCGAUGCAGGCACUCGAUCCCGCUAUGGUUUUCGGGGCAGGCAUGGCAUUCACGCUAAUCGUCAGAUCAGAAAACGCUCCCUAAGGAAAGAAGAACUACUUAAAAGGUCUGAAGUGAUCAAAAACAUUCUCUUGAACUAUGACAAUCGGAUCUCCCCUCAUUUUGAUCCAGAUGUACCGACCAAAGUAAAAGUACACAUGUAUGUCAACAGUUUCGACUCAAUUCGAGAAUCAUCCAUGGACUUCUCAAUGAAUUUUAUCAUUACACAAAAAUGGAAUGAUCCCAGGUUAAAAUUUUCCACGGGUACAGAUGAAAAUCUGGAACUGGAUACAAAGUUUAUGGAUAGAAUCUGGGUACCGGAUUUAUAUUUUGCCAAUGAAAAGGAAGCAAACUUCCACAAUAUCACUGUACCAAACCGUAUGAUGCAUCUUCAUGCUGAUGGCACUGUUCAAUACAGAGUAAGAUUAACUAUGACAGCUACAUGUCCGAUGAAACUGGAAAAGUUCCCACUUGAUAUACAAACUUGCUCGAUAUUUAUAAAAAGCUUUGUAUACACACCGGAUAAUGUUGUGUUUGAAUGGGAUGACGGUUCAGCCGUUACACACAACCGACAAAUGGAGUUGUCUCAAUUCACCAUUUCUAAUAUUACAUUUGGAGACUGUCAUAGAGACUAUGAAGAAAACAACUUUACUUGUAUCUCAACCAGUUUCCAUCUCCAACGGAAGUAUGCCUAUUACAUGCUGCACGCUUACCUCCCCAGUACAUUGAUUGUGGUGAUAUCGUGGUUGUCGUUCUGGCUACCCACCGAAUCCACCGCUGCCAGGAUCUCACUCAGCAGCUUGACAAUCCUAACAAUGAUUACCCAGAGACAGAGCAACAGCGGGGAUCUACCCCCAGUCUCCUACAUCAAAGCCAUUGAUAUAUGGACAGUGGCCUGCCUUCUUUUCGUCUUCGCUGCUUUUGUCGAGUAUACGUUGGUUUGUUUCUUCUCUCGACAAGACUGUCACGUCCUUACCAUCUCGUUGACGGGAGCCAAAGAAUCGAUUUUCGCCACUUCAUCGAAUCAGAGUCCCAAAGACACAGAUAUAGGAAUAACAAAUGUGCAAGAAGGUGCGUCUGAUAAUCCUUAUACAUUGGACAACGACAACGUCACUUUAGAUGUCACUGUACCAAACCCUAAAGCCAAACAAAGAGCGAAGCGAGUCGACGUCAUAUCACGUGUUGUCUUCCCGACACUCUUCGCAAUUUUCCUCAUUCCUUACUGGUCCAUCUAUUUGCGUUAGAAGACGAUCGCACUAACGCCCAUGACAUUCUUCUUACUAUUAUUGUUACUCUUGAUAAUAUAACUAUUACCACCUACAUUAUUAUUGGUAUUGUAAUAAGGAUAAUAAUAAUAACAACAAUGAUACUAAUGAUGAUGAUGAUGAUUAUUAUUAUUAUUAUUAUUAUUAUCAUUAUUAUUAUUAUUGUUAUAAUUAUUAUUAUUAUUACUACUACCACCACUACUACUACUUCUACUACUAUAAUUAUAAUUAUUAUUAUUAUUGUUUAAUUGUUAUAAAUUGUUUUCGUUCAAGGUGAUAGAAUAAAUACACCAUUAAUUCAG